UUUUUUCCGAUGGGCUUCGGGGAGGGUCAUGUGACCGUAACGUAACGCGACCGGAAAACACCGACUGCUGCCGCCGAUGCUGCGCUUCAGAGGAACAGUGAGGCUCCGAGCCCGGCUGAGAGGUCCCCCCCCUCCGGUAAGAGACAACAAGCAAACUCCUCUAAAUUAAAGAUCGCGCAGUAAAAAGGUCGAAGAAUGGAACUGGCCAACCACGGUCUCGUUCUCCUCCAGCAGCUCAAUGCGCAGAGAGGGUUUGGUUUCCUGUGCGACUGCACUGUGGCCAUCGGCGAUGUCUUCUUCAAAGCUCACAAGGCCGUACUGGCGGCCUUCUCCAACUACUUUAGGAUGCUCUUCAUCCACCAGGACAGUGACUGUGUCCGGCUGAAGCCUGCAGACAUCCAGCCUGACAUCUUCAGCUACCUCCUCAACCUGAUGUACACAGGCAAGCUGGCCCCGCAGCUUAUCGACCCUCUGCGACUGGAGCAGGGCGUGAAGUUCCUGCACGCCUACCCUCUGCUCCAAGAAGCCAGCAUGGCCACCCAGGCCACACUGCUGCACGUGGAGCAGAGCGCCCUGCUGACCACGUCGCUCUACGGCAUCCAGAUCUCGGACCAGCAGCCCGGCGGGUUUUCCUCCAGGACGGCCCUCUCCCCCCCGUUAGAGGCAGAUGUCUUAGAGGCCAAGGGCCCUUCCAAGCUUCUCCCAGAGCCGAUUCCGACCUCCUCAGAGGACGUGGAGAUGCUGGCCGAGAGCCCCAGGGCUAACACCAUCCUCCACGUCAAGCCUAGCAUCAUGAAAAGGAACGCAUCCUUCCGGAAGCAUUAUUCCUGCCACCUUUGUGGGAACCGCUUCAGCCAGCGGGGUCUCUUAAGGGACCACCUUCUCCUCCACGCUCAGGUUACGUUCCCUUCCGAGGCUCUCCUCUCCGGGGUCUUGCCCCUUCCUUGUGCCUCUACCCCAGAGCAGUGUUCACGAGACCCAGACGAGCCCCAGCGCGUGGCCAGCGAUGGCGGCGGCGGCAGCGACGGCGAGCAGCACCCGGCAACCGACUCGCCCCACGCAGAGGGCCUACAGUCGCAGUCAGAGACCCCACCUCCCUCAGACAUAGCGGACAUCGACAACCUGGAGGCCGUCGACCUGGAGCGCGAGGUCAAGCGACGCAAGUACGAGUGUUCCACGUGCGGCCGCAAAUUCAUCCAGAAGAGCCACUGGCGGGAGCACAUGUACAUCCACACCGGCAAGCCGUACAAGUGCAGCGCCUGCGGAAAGAGCUUCUGUCGCGCCAACCAGGCAGCACGUCACGUCUGCCUCCACCAGAGCUCCGACUCCUACACCAUGGUCAACAGGCACAGCAUAGAGCUGUGCCCCAACGAUGACAACAGCCAGGUGGAGGCACUCUUUCUGUCCGCGGGCCGGCCUUACAAAUGCAGUGUCUGUGAGAUGAGUCUGUCUAGCCCCGGUGAGGUCAUGAAGCACACUUGCUUCGCGAUAAAUGCCAAGGUCCCCUCUGAUUCGGACAGCCAGUCGGCGCUGCCGGGUGAUGAACUGCCAAAAGACGAGGGGUCGGACUCCUCGGACGCCAAACCAUUUAUCAAUCCUAUUAAAACCGAGGACAUUUUAGUGGAAUAGGACUAUCUUUGUAGGUGCAGGAAUAUUUGUAUUUAACUAGCUUUAGUUGUACAAAUACCAGACGGGUUUUUUUUUUUUUUUAUAAAUAUAUGCCAUAAAAUAUCCUCUUACGGCGUCCAGUGUUACAGUUAUGAAGAUGAAUAGAAUUUUUUAUUUUUUGUUUCUUGGAAUUGGAAUAGUAAAUGAUCAGUAUAUGCUUGCACAACAAAGAAUUUAGAACUUUAGCUUUUGUUAUACCUCGCUGUUGUUUCAUAAAGUUUUUUUUAUUAGAACGUUUUUAUGGCUUAAUUAUGAAACACUGCCGUUUGCUGAAAAAGGUGAGCAGAGGUAUUGCAAACUCGGCCAUUGUGUAAAUCGCUGUCUGCCCACGUGCUCAGGGUCCAGCUGUUUUUUCUCUUUUUUCAUAUUGUAGCAGGGAAAGAUUUAAAGUCCAUAACCACCUCCGUCCACUUUUAGGGCAACACUUUUUGAACAGGGGAAUUUAGUUUUAGGAACUCACGAUUUAUUGUUACCGUUUCACUGAUUAAGAAAGGACAAGUUUUUACUUUUUUGCACCUGAAAAAGUAGCUUGACUGCUGAAUUGCUGAUAAUAUGCAUUUUCCUAAAUUCUGAGUUCUGUAUUUUUUUUUAUGUCAUUGCGUCACUUAGAUAUUUACUUCUUCAACCAAAUUAUUUCUGUGGUGAAACGGCCAGCUAGUGCUGUUCACCAACAUAACAAAAUGACCGUCAUUAUCAUUCAUAAUAGGAAAAUAUGUUCAAAUACCAGGUAGAACUAAAAUGUAGACAUUAAUAAUAAUACAUGUAAAAUAGUUCGCCAUAAUUUGUACAAAAACUGUGAUUGGCUGGUAGUGUUGACGUUACGUUACGCCCCUCCCACUUUGAGCCCAAUGAAAAAAAUGCAUAAACAAAUAAAGUUUUGUUUUUUCAAAUGGGUAAAAUUAGGUAUAUGUAAAUAAUACUGGAGAGAUCUAGAAUCUAAUAUUAAAAUUCUGUGAAAUUAGCAUAUACUUGCAAAAACAUGGUUAAAAACAUCUUCAAUUAUUGCAGUUAGAUCCAAUAAUAUCUGCCACAAUGACUAAGUAUGUAUUGUUUAAAUAAACAGGUUGCGUUAUCAGUUGGCACAUAACUUGUUCAUUAAUUAAUUUGAUUAUUCCCUGAAAUUUUGAAACAAUUAGAGCAAGACAUAUUAAGAAAGUUUACCAUGUUUCAGGUUUGAUGGAGAAUGUAGUGAAUUUAUACGAAAACUGGAAACACUGGCCUGCUUUCGGCUCUUGGCGAUCACACGCUGCGGUUUGCUGUUUACUGCGUUUGUUUAACUUUUCAUAGCUAGGUUUGUUGUAUGUAAUAUGCUAUGUUAAAACCAGGAAUGAGUUUAAAAGUUUUAAUGUGAAUAGGUCAGUUUCUGUAUAAUGUAUUUUUGCCAGUUCAGCAAUUUUACUUGAACCUCUUAAUAGAACCCAAAAUUUCAAGUUUUAAGACGUUUUGUACCGAAUACUGUAUUUUCAAAAACAAGUUACAAUUUUUGUGCCUAUAUAGUGUUACGACUUUAUGUAGAAACUAGUGAUCAGGUAUUAAAAUUUUUACGCUUUUUAUAUUUUGAUUUUUUAAAACUUUGACUGGUUGAGCAAAUACUAAUUUAUUUUUUCAUCUUGUCGUCAGUACCGUUACGUCCUGCCAAAGGAUUGUGCAGCUCUCUGUAGCGCGUUUAUUCGUGAUGUCUACGGCUUUGCAGGAAUGUUCUGUGGUAUUGCAAAUCUGGAAUGACACUAUUGACUAAAAAGCAACAAUGAAUCGCAUAAUUAAUAGACUGUUCGCUUGCGACAGGGUUUGGAUAGUAGCUGAUCUUAGGGUUUAUGGUGGGACUGCUGUGUCUGACGACUUCCUGCAUCAGAGUAGAUGCUUCAUCACUCACGGGGUGAAGCAGUGUAUAGCAACAGGCGAAAUGGAGCGUUGCAUAGUGAAGACUACUGAAGAGAACUUAGACUCAAAAGUGUAUCCUUACGUAUUAAACGGGCUUAAAACGACCAAUUUGCGAUUUACGGCGCCGGACUAUAUUUUGGGGGAACUUUAAAUAGCCGGUGGAAAAAGAAAAUCGUGUUUUGUUUGUUUUUGGUUUCCUUCAUUUAUGUACAUGGCUUUAUGUCACAAACGGGUCGUUUGCUGUGAUCUGUGUCCUCAGGAAUGUAUGCUAUACCCCUAUUUUUUUUUCAUGUGAAGAGUCAAAAAAUAAAAUGUGUU